AUGGACGGCAAAACAAUUGGAAUUCUUGGAGGCGGCCAGUUGGGGCGGAUGAUUGUUGAGGCUGCACACAGACUCAACAUUAAAACUGUGGUGCUUGACGCUGCUCAUUCUCCAGCCAAGCAGAUCAACGCUUUGGACGACCAUGUGGACGGCUCAUUCAAGGAUGUCGAUGCUAUCACCAGGUUGGCCAAAAAAUGUGAUUUGUUGACGAUAGAGAUUGAGCACGUUGACGUGGAGGCGUUGAAGACGGUCGAAAAGACCUACAAUGUGCCCAUCUACCCGUUCCCAGAGACAAUCAGGCUCAUCCAGGAUAAGUACCUUCAAAAGACCCAUUUGAUGGAGCACGGUGUUGAUGUGGUUGAGUCGAUUGCCGUGAAAGAAAACACCAAGGAGGGUUUGCAAGAAAUUGGCGCUAAGCUUGGCUUUCCCUUUAUGUUGAAGUCGAGAACGAUGGCCUACGACGGUAGAGGAAACUUCGUUGUGAAGAAUGAAGAGGCCAUUCCUGAGGCGCUAGAAUUUUUGUCCAACAGACCUCUUUACGCCGAAAAAUGGUGCCCUUUCACCAAAGAAUUGGCAGUGAUGGUGGUUAGACUGCUUGAAGGCGAGGUGUUUGCGUAUCCUACUGUUGAAACCCACCACAAGGAUAACAUAUGCCAUUUGGUUUACGCUCCUGCCAGAGUCCUGGACACUUUGCAGAAGAAAGCCUCAAUAUUGGCGCAAAACGCCGUCAAGUCCUUCCCUGGUUGUGGUAUCUUUGGAGUGGAGAUGUUCUUGUUGCCCAAUCACGAGCUUUUGAUCAACGAGAUUGCUCCUCGUCCUCACAACUCGGGCCACUACACCAUCGAUGCCUGCGUCACCUCCCAGUUUGAAGCCCACGUAAGAGCUGUAGCUGGCUUGCCGUUGCCCAAAGGCUUCACUUCCUUCUCCACAACAAACACAAAUGCUAUUAUGCUUAACGUUCUUGGUGACAAGGACAAGAAGAACGCCGAGUUGGAGAUUUGUCGCCGUGCUUUAGAGACCCCCAACGCCUCGGUGUACUUGUACGGCAAGGACAGCAAGCCCCAGCGUAAAAUGGGCCAUAUCAACGUGGUGGGCUCUUCUAUGGAAGAAGCUGAAAGCAAACUUAAGUUCAUCUUGGGUGAAAGCAGCUCCCUUCCAAAGGAGAUUGAACCAAAGGAGAAGCCCUUAGUAUCCAUUAUCAUGGGCUCAGAUUCUGACUUACCCGUGAUGUCUGUUGGCGCCAACAUCUUGAAGAAGUUUGGUGUUCCCUUCGAACUCACCAUUGUGUCUGCUCAUCGUACUCCACACAGAAUGUCCAAGUUUGCCAUCGAAGCGGCCUCAAGAGGUAUCAAAGCGAUCAUUGCUGGUGCCGGCGGUGCUGCUCAUUUGCCAGGAAUGGUUGCUGCCAUGACUCCUUUGCCUGUCAUUGGUGUUCCUGUUAAGGGCUCCACUUUGGACGGAGUUGACUCUUUGCACUCGAUUGUGCAGAUGCCUAGAGGCAUUCCUGUGGCCACUGUUGCCAUCAAUAACAGUAUAAACGCCGCCUUGUUGGCCAUUCGUAUUUUGGGAGCCUAUGACUACAAGUGGUUAGAUGAAAUGUCCCAAUAUAUGAACAACAUGGAAGAGGAAGUCUUGCAAAAAGCUGAGAGACUAGAAAGCGUGGGCUACGAAAAAUACUGA